AUGAUCCAAGACAGCGAGGCCACCGCGCCGCAAGUGCCAACCGGGGCCAAAGAUGAAGCCAUCGCCAUGGUCGGAGAGGAGCAACACGCGGUCGAUCCCGUCGUGGAAGCUCGCGCCGUGCGGAAGAUCGAUCUGUUCCUCAUCCCGGCCAUGAUCUUCGGGUACGGCCUCGUAUACUACGACAAAGCCAUCCUCGGCUCCGCCGUGCUCUUCGGCAUGACGGCCGACCUCGAGCUCACCAUCGUCGACACCUCCACAGUCCCGCCGGCCGUCGACACGCGGCGCCUCAGCUGGGCCACGUCGCUGUUCUACUUCGGCAUGCUCGCCGGCCUGUACCCAAUGACGUUUGCGCUGCAGCGCUUCAACAUCGGCCGCGUGCUGGGCGGCGUCGUGAUCCUGUGGGCGGGCAUCUGCAUGCUCACGGCGGCCGUGACGUCGCACCGCGGGCUGUACGCGCAGCGCUUCUUCCUGGGCUUCGUCGAGAGCGUCAUCCCCACGGGCUUCAUGUGCAUCGUCGCGGGCUUCUACACGCAGUCCGAGCAGGCCCUGCGCCAGAGCUGGUGGUUCUCCGCCACCGGCCUGUUCACCAUCCUCGGCGGCUCGCUCAACUACGGCUUCGCCCAGAUCACCGCCGGCGGGCUGCGUCGCUGGCAGUACAUCUACCUGCUCGCCGGGUCCCUGACGUUCCUCUUCGGCCUGUUCUGCUUCGUCAUGCCGAACUCGCCCGUGUCCGCCUGGUUCCUCACCAAGGAGGAGCGCUUCGCCGCGGUGGAGCGGCUUCGCCAUGGUCAGACUGGAGUGCGCUGCACCACGUUCAAGGCGUCGCAGCUCCGGGAGGCCGUCUGCGACGUCAAGAUAUGGCUUGUCGCCUUGAUGAUGGCCUCGGCAUACACCGUCAACGGCGCCGUCAGCGGAUUCGGACCCCUGAUUGUGUCCACGUUUGGGUGGUCGACGCUCGCUUCGAUUCUCUUCCAGUUCCCCCUCGGCGGGCUCUGCUUCAUCGUCAUCCUCCUGACGGGCUACCUGGGCUCCAGGUUCAACAACAUCCGCAUCCUCAUGCUCGUCCUGACGUGUCUGCCCGUCAUUGCCGGCUGCGCCAUCAUCUGGAAGAGCGAGUGGAGCUACCGCGCCGCCGCGCCCGUCGUGGGCUACUCCAUCACCGGCUUCUUUGGCGGCACCGUCAGCCUGAUCAUCACCAUCGGCAUGUCCAACGUGGCAGGCCACACCAAGAAGAGCUUCAUGGCCGCCACCAUCUUUGUGGCUUACUGCGUGGGAAACAUUGUUGGACCGCAGUUGGUUUGGUCGCAGACAAAGGCCCAGCAUUACCCGGCGCUGUGGCUGGGUCUGAUCAUCUGCUACAUCAUCUGCAUCUUUGCGUCAGUCACUCUGUACUUUGUCCUGCGCAACGAGAACCGGAGGAGAGAUGCUCUUCCCGUUGACGAGGCUGAGCGAGCCAAGCUGGCAUUCCAGGACUUGACAGACAAGGAGAACCCCUACUUCCGUUACGUGUUCUAA